GUCCCGCUUUAUUUAUAACCCCACUCCCCCCUGCGUUCUUCUUCAAUGAAAUCAACAAACAUCUGAGUCGCUAAUCCGAUUUCUGUUAUUUUAUUCCAGUUAAAGAGCAUCGCUAUUCAAGAUUGGAAUGAAGGAAUCCAUAUAACUUAAAAAAGGAUAGGGCUGCAACUAAAGCAUGGGUGGUUAUGAGUCAGGUGGUGCAUCCCAGGAUGCUCGUGAUGAAGAUGAUGAUGAGGAAUAUGAAGAGGUUGGUGGGGGUAACAGGUUAUUGGGAUUUAUGUUUGGGAAUGUCGACAACUCUGGUGAUCUUGAUGUUGAUUAUCUCGAUGAGGAUGCGAAGGAGCAUCUUGGUGCACUGGCUGACAAGUUAGGCCCAUCAUUGACAGAUAUAGAUUUGUCUGUGAAAUCACCACACGCAUCAGCUGAUGCUGCAGAACAAGAUUAUGAUGCGAAGGCUGAAGAUGCAGUUGAUUAUGAAGAUAUUGAUGAGCAGUAUGAGGGACCAGAGAUUCAAGCAGCCAGUGAGGAGGAUUUUUUGUUGCCCAAAAAGGAGUAUUUUUCUUCUGAAGUUUCUCUGGCCACAUUGGAGCAGAAAACUUCUGUUUUUGAUGAUGAAAAUUAUGAUGAGGAAGAGGAAACCGAAAGGGAAGAUGUGGUUGUGGAAAAAAAGCUUGAAGUUCAAGGUAUUUCUUUAUCAAAUUUUCUAUCAGAUCAGCAGGAUGUUGCAGUAGUUCUAGCAGGGGAAACAUCACCACGCGAUGGUAUACAGCUUGACUCCCUGGAUGCUGAAAAUCUGGAUGAUGGCUUGGAAGAUUUCGAGGAAGAGAUAGCAGAUGCUAUGGAGGGGCCUCCAGAUGAUCAAGGUUCCACACCACUGCCUAUUUUGUGUAUAGAAGAUGGUAUGGUGAUUUUACGGUUCUCUGAAAUAUUUGGUAUUCACGAGCCCUUGAAGAAAGCGGAAAAAAGAGGCCAUAGAUAUUCCAUUAACAAGGAGAGAUAUAAAUCUAUGGAUGUUUCUGAUGUUGUUGAAGAAGAUGAGGAAGCAUUUUUAAAGGGCUCUAGUCAAGUGUUUCAGUUGCACUCUUAUGUAAAUCAAUAUGAUGUCUCGGUGUUUAGUGGUGAUAUCUUAGAAUCUGGAAAAUUUGGUGCUAAGCAAGGAUCAAUUCAAGAUGAGAAACAAAAAAGAAGCUCUUGUACUAGUUCUGAGCCAAUGAACAAAGAUUUAUCCAUAAAUCUUGCCUCGGGAUGGCAAUCACCAUUAUGUUCAAAAUUCUAUCCUCUCGAUCAGCAGGAUUGGGAAGAUAGAAUUCUCUGGGACAAUUCUCCUGUUAGCAAUAAUUCUAUAGCGAGUUGUGAGUUGUCUGGACCUGAUUUGGGGAAUUCAUUUAUAAAGGAAAUGGAACAAGCAAGCUCGCCACAGAGUGUUCAUUUGGAGCUCCCUAUGAAUCCAGAUGAGCAAGCUCAUAACAUUUUCCUGCAUGGUUCUCCUGUUGUUGUCGAGUCAUUUGACUCUGGAGAUUCUUCAGGACAACUGGACCUUUCAUCAUCAGAAAGCAGAUCCCAUCCACAACUUUUGAGGUUAGAGUCUCAGUUAGAAGGGGAGAAAUAUCAUGAUGUUGGUGGUAGAAGAGAGAAUAAUGCUGUGGAGAUUGUCCAAUGUGAUGCUGUAAGGCGUUUCAGCAAACUCACAUUGCAAAACAAAGACAUGAUGGAAGGUUCUUGGUUAGAUGAGAUAAUAUGGGAACCCAAUAAAGAUCAUAUGAAACCUAAGCUCAUUCUUGAUCUUCAAGACGAGCAGAUGCUUUUUGAAGUUUUGGAUAAAAAUGAUAGUAAACAUCUUCAGCUUCAUGCAGGGGCAAUGAUAGUGACCCGGUCUCUAAAGCCUAGGGUUUCACCUGAUCUAUCUGGUCAUGGAUAUAAUUCUGGUUGGCAAUUCAACAUUGCUAAUGACAAGUUCUACAUGAACAGAAAAAUUUCUCAGCAGUUGCAAUCAAAUUCUGGCAAACGAAUCGCCUAUGGUACCAAAGUUCAUCAUUCAGCACCUGCCAUUAAGCUGCAGACAAUGAAAUUGAAAUUAAGCAAUAAAGAUUUAGCUAAUUUUCAUCGACCAAAAGCUUUGUGGUAUCCUCAUGACAAUGAGGUGGCUGUCAAAGAACAAAAGAAGCUGCCUACGCAAGGACCCAUGAAAAUCAUAUUAAAGAGCUUGGGAGGUAAAGGAAGUAAAUUACAUGUGGAUGCUGAGGAAACUGUCUCUUCUGUUAAAGCAAAGGCUUCAAAAAAGCUAGAUUUCAAGCCUUCAGAAAUGGUGAAGAUCUUUUAUUUGGGGAAGGAGCUUGAGGAUCAGAAAUCUCUCGCUGCCCAAAAUGUUCAGCCAAACUCAUUGCUUCACCUUGUUCGUACCAAAAUUCAUUUGUUGCCAAGGGCACAAAGGAUUCCUGGGGAGAACAAAUCUUUGCGCCCUCCUGGGGCAUUUAAGAAGAAAUCAGACCUUUCAGUAAAAGAUGGCCACAUCUUUCUGAUGGAAUAUUGUGAGGAAAGACCUUUAUUAUUGAGCAAUAUUGGCAUGGGUGCAAACCUCUGCACUUACUAUCAGAAGUCAAGCACUGGUGAUCAAUCUGGCAUCUCAUUGCGCAAUGGAAACAGCAGCUUGGGAAAUGUUGUAGUAUUAGAGCCUACUGAUAAAUCUCCUUUUCUUGGAGAUAUAAAAGCUGGUUGCAGCCAAUCAGCGCUUGUAACAAACAUGUAUAAAGCACCCAUUUUCCCCCAUAAGGUAGCAUCCACUGAUUAUUUGUUGGUUCGCUCAGCAAAGGGAAAGCUUUCCAUAAGGCGCAUUGACCAAAUUGCUGUCGUUGGGCAACAGGAGCCCCUUAUGGAGGUAUUUUCUCCUGGGUCGAAGAAUCUUCAGUCAUAUAUCACAAAUAGGUUAUUGUUGCAUGUAUACCGCGAGUUUCGAGCAGCAGAAAAGCGUGGCAUAGUUCCUUGGAUACGUGCUGAUGAGCUGUCAACUCAGUUUCCAAACCUUUCAGAAACCAUGUUGCGGAAGAAAAUGAAGGAAUGCGCUGUAUUGCGGAGGGAUGCAAAUGGACAUCUGUUUUGGUCCAAGAAACGUGAUUUCAUCAUUCCAUCUGAAGAGGAUUUGAAGAAGUUGGUCUUACCAGAAAAUGUUUGUGCUUAUGAAAGCAUGCAAGCAGGUCUCUACCGUCUCAAACACUUAGGAAUUACAAGGCUAACAAACCCAACUAAUGUUUCAACUGCAAUGAGUCAACUCCCUGAUGAAGCAAUAGCUUUGGCUGCUGCAUCACACAUAGAGAGGGAAUUGCAGAUAACUCCAUGGAGCCUGAGCAGCAAUUUUGUUGCUUGUACAAACCAGGAUAGAGAAAAUAUUGAGCGUCUUGAGAUUACUGGAGUUGGUGAUCCAUCUGGUCGGGGCCUGGGAUUUAGUUAUGUCCGUGCUGCUACAAAGGCAACAGUGUCAAAUGCAAUGGUGAAGAAAAAAGCAGCUGCUGGUCGAGGAGGUUCCACUGUUACUGGGACAGAUGCUGACCUUCGUAGAUUAAGUAUGGAGGCUGCACGGGAGGUUCUUCUCAAGUUCAAUGUUCCUGAGGAACAGAUUGCAAAACAGACUAGGUGGCAUCGUAUUGCUACGAUACGAAAGCUUUCAAGUGAACAGGCAGCAUCAGGGGUAAAGGUUGAUCCAACAACUAUUAGCAAGUAUGCGCGUGGCCAAAGGAUGUCCUUUCUUCAGCUACAGCAACAGACAAGAGAAAAAUGUCAAGAAAUCUGGGAUCGUCAAGUGCAGUCUCUUUCAGCAGUGGAUGGUGAUGAAAAUGAGAGUGAUUCUGAAGCAAAUAGUGAUCUAGAUUCCUUUGCUGGAGACCUGGAAAACUUGCUUGAUGCAGAGGAAUGUGAAGGGGAUGAGAGUAAUUACGAGUCCAAGCAUGACAAAGCAGAUGGCAUGAAGGGGCUAAAAAUGAGAGGACGUGCUUCACAGGCUCAGGCAGAAGAAGAAAUUGAAGAUGAAGCUGCCGAGGCAGCAGAAUUAUGCAGAUUGCUCAUGGAUGAUGAUGAGGCUGAGCAGAAGAAGAAGAAAAAAACUAAAAUUCCUGGGGUUGGGGCAGGAUUGGCACCUCGUUCAAAACCAAAUUUUGUUGCUAAUGCAGAACGAAUUAAGAAAACAAACAAAGUCCAUCCUAAUGAUUCCUGUCUUCCAAAAGAGAGCAGCAUUAGAGACUCAAAGGAGGUAAAUGUGGAAACUUUAUUUGCUAAAAGGAAGAUGUCUGAGAAGUUGAAAGCUAUUAAAAAGAAUGGUACUUCAGAUUCAACUAUAAGUACAAUUAAAACAAAAGUCAAAAUAUCGGGUGAAGGACCCAAGACUUUUAAGGAGAAAAAACCAUCAAGAGAGACUUUUGUCUGCGGAGCAUGUGGUCAGCUUGGACACAUGAGGACCAACAAGAAUUGCCCCAAGUAUGGAGAAGAGUCUGAAGCACAGGUUGAAACUGCAGAUUUGGAAAAAGUUUCUGGAAAAUCAAAUUCUCUUGAUCCCUCAAGUAAGUCUAUGCAGAAGUUGCAAAAGAAAAAGUCCAUGCCAAAAGGCACAGUCAAAGUCCAACCUUCUGAAAGUGAGAAAUCUAGUUUGAAGGCAAAACCUCUGCCAGUUAAGUUUAAGUGCGGCUCCACUGAGAAACUAUCUGAUAAACCUGCUGAUGGAGCUACCAAAAGUUCUGACUGGCCCGUCACUUCUGAUGCCCGGCCUGACAGUUCUGAUGUGGAAACUGGGAGUAAGCCUAUUGCUAAGGUUAGUAAGAUAAAAAUAUCCAACAAAGCAAAAACCGAAGAUGUACAAGUUGAAUUGCACAAACCUUCCAUUGUGAUACGUCCUCCAAUGGAUACUGAUAGAAGCCAAAUUGAAUCUCAUAAGCCGUCUAUUGUUAUUCGGCCACCAUCAAACACAGAGAGAGAUCAUGUUGAAUCUCACAAGCCCUCUAUUGUAAUACGUCCACCGGCAGUAAAAGAUAGGGAGCAGGCUCACAAGAAAAUAGUUAUCAAGCAGCCCAAAGAGAUCGUUGAUCUUGACCAGGUCAGUCAGGAUGGAAGCACUGGGUUUGAGUUCCGAAAAAUUAAAAGAAUAGCUGAAUUGUCAGGUAUUGAGAAUCGAAGGAAGUCACAGAUCUUGCAUUUUCCUGGAGAGUCAGCAAAGAGGAAAUCUAGAGAGGAAGGAAGAUGGUGGGAAGAGGAAGAGAAAAGGAGAAAUACAGAAAGAUUAAGAGAAGGGAGAGCAAGAAGGAUUUAUGGGGAAGAAACAAGAGGAGUUGAGGAACAAGGACUUGCUGAGCUUAGGCGAUAUGAAGAAGCCGUCAGAAGGGAGAGAGAGGAAGAAGAGCAGCAGAAAGCCAAGAAAAAGAAAAAGAAGAAGAAAAAGCCUGAAAUUAGUGAUGACUACUUGGACGACUACAGGGCAAGCAGAAGGAUGCCAGAAAGAGAUCGGGGUGCAAAAAGAAGGCCAGUUGUUGAAUUGGGGAGGUUUGGUGCAGAAUAUACCCCUGCAACAAAGCGUCGUAGAGGUGGAGAGGUUGGCCUUGCAAAUAUCUUAGAACACAUUGUGGACACCCUUAAAGAUAAGUUGGAUAUAUCCUAUCUUUUUCUAAAACCAGUAUCGAAGAAGGAAGCUCCUGACUACUUGGACAUCAUAAAGCACCCCAUGGAUCUAUCAACAAUCAGAGAUAAAGUAAGAAAGAUGGAAUAUAAGCACCGCGAGGAUUUCAGACACGAUGUAUGGCAGAUUACAUAUAAUGCUCACUUAUACAACGACAGGCGGAAUCCUGGUAUUCCUCCCUUAGCAGAUCAGCUUUUGGAACUUUGUGACUAUCUGCUGAAGGAACAAAGCCAUAGCUUAUCGGAAGCUGAAGCCGGGAUUGAAUCUAGGGAAAAUUAAUAUAUUCACUGUCAGAUUCAUCUCAUUGUUUGUCUGAAGACCCUUAAGCGGGGGGAAGCAAUUUUUUCUUCCUCUUGGGGUUGCAAUGGUUUGUAAGGCUGGCUUUUGACUCUGGCUUGUUCUUGUAUGCAAUUGUGCCUUGUAAAAUAACAAGUUGUAUCCUAUCAUUUUUCGUGUAUAUUUGAGUGAUUUUGUCAAGUUAUGGCCUUAGGUGCUGUUAAUUUAUAGAAAUUCAUUAACAACGAAAAUUCAUUUGUGUAUGUAACCGGACAGCGCAGAAUCUGGAAAACAGGAUUGGGUGUAAUAACAUUUUUAAUUCUAUUGGCUGGGAUUCUUCCCCUCCUAUCAAGUGGUCGCUGAGGACUGUGAAGGUGUCUGACCUGAUUCUAAUA